CUCCGAACGUUUUCUCGUAUUAUUCUGGGAGCAACUGCGGCUACGGGAUGAACGUACAGGCGACAUGCGAUGCCAACUACCGGUUUUGCAGCAUGUCUUGCAUUGCACCCGGCUCGACCAAUGACUGGACGGCAUGGAACCAUUCGGAUCUAUCCACAGCGGUGCAAAACCUGCCGCCAGGGUUCUACAUGCUCGGAGACGCGGCUUACCCCCUAAGCGACCACCUGUUGACUCCGUACCCAGGGAGGGGACUGCCGCUGGACAAAGACGCGUUCAACUUCUAUCUGAGUCAACUCAGAGUCAGGAUCGAGCAAGCGUUCGGCAUUCUCGUCGGCCAGUGGGGCAUCCUGUGGAAGCCGUUGCGUGUUCAGUUCGCUGGGCGAUGCGACUUCAUCACGGCGCUCUUCCGCCUCCACAACUAUCUCCGGGACGAGAAGGUUACACCAAUCCAACGGUCGGAAGAAGACGCGGAGGUGGUCCAGGCACGCCCCCACCUACUCGGCGACAAGACUCUGCCAGGAUCUUUCAGCACGACCACCAAGGACGCGCAGAAACCGACCAGGUCAGGCGAAGUCUCCACGCGCAAGGGGAUCACGAUGAUGCUGGACAACAAGCGCCAGUACCGCCCAAAGCACAACUUGGUGCGCAACGCAGCGAGGAAGACGUAAGGGGUCGAACGCGGGCGGGCUGCGGUGGAGGGUGGGUGGGUCCCGAGGACGUACUACGUGGGUGAUGGACGAGACGAGGCAAAUGUGGCGGUGGUGGCCUCUGAGGAGCGUGGGCCGUGGCCGGGGCGGGGGAUGUGGACAAUGGUGGUCGGGAAUGCAACGCCUUUGGUGGGGUAGGGCGUGGGGGGGGUGAAAGGGAAGGGAAGGCGCACGGGCGGGUGAGAAAAUUUUUUGUUAAGGGGGGAGAGGGUCGGGCGCCAAAUCCAUAUGCGCCUCUACGAGGACGUGGAGACAAUUUUGCGGAAGUCGUGUUUUAUGCGUUACAAACAUCAUCAACCGGGGUAAUGCCUGAGUGGUGUCCGGUAAGACUUCGUCUUGUUUCGUUUUGUUUCGGUAAGUGUUGUCGCUUUUCAUGACGUCGUUUGUUUGGGUGUCAUUCCUGCGUUGUGCAUCUCUUGCGCGAGAAAAUUCGAAUGUUGCAGAGAGGUCGAAGGAGAUUGUAGGUUUCAAAACGCAUUUAUUUUACAACGUUGGGCGUGUAGGGUAAGGGUCAGCACCCUCCCCCCUGUGUCGGGGAAUUUGUUCAUGUCAUAGUUGCGUAAUGCGAGAUGGUAACAGAGUUUUUUUUUUUCUGACCUCACGAUAUGUUGUCUCUAGGGAGACAGUAUUGCCUGAACGGCAUCAUGGCGUAGACGGUCAGCUCCCACAGCCCGGGAUAACCAUAUCGAGAAUGGAUCCGCGUUCAAAACGUUUUUUACGUUGUAUUUGACUACGUUCGCGUCGUGAGGAGACGUUGUUUCCGAAGCAUCUACGAAUGCAGACGUUGGUUGGUGAUAAACCCACCGACCAACAAUAGCAUGUGGUACUGCUGUACGUGGCUUAAAAAAAUGAACUUUGGUCGUGCGCCACACGUUCUCUCUGCCUGUUGCCCCCCCCUAGUCAUCUGUAAACAACGCCACCAUAAAAAAUGAUAGGUGGUACUGCUGUACGUGGCUAAAAAAAAACUCGAACAUCAAGCGUGCGCUACGCGUUCUCCAUGCGUAUUCUACACGUGGCGCACUCGUCAAACACACACCCGACAAAAGACAAACGGUACGGCAAGUGAAAGCGAUUUGCCCCCUCCCUCCCCCGCCACACACGAAAGAUGUUACACCAACCGGCGCUAAAACACAAUCGAUCGCUCUUGCACAUGUGGAAUCGGGGAGGGACCGCGGGCUGUCCUUCAAAGGGGACUCUUGUCCCAUUCAGCCAUCUCGGUUCUAAUCUUCGCAAUAUUUUUUUCCAAAAAACCGACCAUUUCCAGCGCCGUGCUGUCGCCGCCUGCCGCCUAUGCUUUGGCUUGUUUGAGAUUUUUGGUGGCGGCUUGGAAAGUUUUGAACAAGGUGUCGAAAACACCAAUUUUGCGGUCUUGUCAUCUAAGAUGUCCCGCGAUGAAGGUGCCGCGGCGGGGGCGGGUUCGGACGCUGGCCGAAAUAGCUCGCUCAAUCCACCGGGGGGCAGUCCAAGUCCCGACGCCACCGAGUGCAUGGCAGCCGCGGCCGUCUCUUGCACGCUGACGGCGUUCUUAGACGGCUUUUUCUUGACGUUGAGGUGGGCGUUGUCCUCCUUCGCUCUGCGUUUGGAGUCCUCUCUCCUCUUCGCGUCAGCAGCGGCUCCCUUGGCGCCCGUAGGGCCGGCGGCCGCCCC